CCCUCUUUUUUGGUUUUUGUGUGUAAAUCUAGAGUGUGGUAUAUUUCAAGUUCUGUGGUUCACAAAAUGAUUGCUGCAGAAAGUGUUGUGACAAAGCAUAAGUUGAAGAUUAAGUUCCCCAUUCUGAGGACUCCUGUGCCACAAUCAUUAGAGUAUGGACAACAACAGAACAGCUCUUUUGAUCGAAAAAGGAAGGCUUGUGUUGGGGAUUCGAAAGAGACUCAUGGUGCUUCUAAGCGUCGUCUGGAAGGGGUGAUAAUGGGUGGUCCACAAGAGAAGAGGAGAAAGAUGGACCGCAGCAUGACUCAACAGUGUACAACCCUACUGAAUGCUUUGAUCAAGCAUCCAGCUGGCUGGGUUUUCAGUCAACCAGUGGAUCCUAUAGCAUUAAGGAUUCCUGAUUACUUUUCAAUAAUAAAGAUCCCAAUGGAUUUGGGUACAAUUAAGUCCAAACUGGCGAAGAAAGCUUAUAUCAGCAUUGAAGAGUUUGUGGCUGAUAUUAAACUGACAUUUUCUAAUGCCAUGCUGUAUAAUCCCCCAUCUAAUAAUGUCCAUAAAAUGGCAGAAGAAAUUGAUGAGUUUUUUGAGGUAAGAUGGAAAGCUUUGGAGGAAAAGUGGAAUGCGCAUGAGAAAAUUUCAAGUGUGCGACUGAAAGAUGUUGGUGAAUCAAGGCAGGAGUGUCCUAAAAUACAGUUAUCCCGAAAGAGCUCUUUGCCGAAGAAGUCAAAGCCAUAUGAGGAGAGGGCUGUGAAUAUGACUUUGAAUGUAAAAGCAGUAGAAGUUCAACUUCCUAAACUGGCACAGAAGAGUGUCAGCAAUUUGUCAGGAAAAAACUUGCAAAAAGGCACCAGUACUGCUAAUGCUAGUGGCGGGUGUACUAAUGGGUCUAUCAUUGCCAAGCCACCAUUGUGCUCCAGUGCCUGCCAAUGCUGUUCAUGUGGCAGCAUAAAGUGUCAAUGUAGCAUUCCAUCUGAUUCACACCGUGCAUCUUCGAAUGAUGGGACUUCAGAAAGAUUGUUGGGUGGAGAUCCUAGAGUGUGUACUGCUGAUGCCUCUAAACUGGACUGCCAAGCAAAAAGCACAUCAGCAUCACAAAUGAGCAACUCUGAUCCAGAUUCUGAUGGAGCUGUAAGUGCUAUUGAUGAAGGGAAUGUUCGUCUUAGCUCUCAUCUUACAACUCAUAUAGCAGAUGCCAGCUCUGGUGAAGUAUUGUCAACUCCUAAUUUUGGCGCACAAAUGUCACCGAAGAAGGCGCUCCGUGCUGCAAUGAUAAAAAGUCGAUUUGCAGACACAAUUUUGAAAGCGCAGCAGAGGACACUACUUGAUCAUGGUGAUAAAGCUAACCCAGUGGAGUUGCAGCAAGAAAAGGAAAAAUUGGAAAGAAGGCAGCGUGAAGAAAAAGCAAAGAUUGAAGCGCAAAUCAGAGCUGCUGAAGCUGCUGCCAAAAUGAAGGUAGAUGCUGAGUUGAAAAGGCAACGGGAACUAGAAAGAGAAGCAGCUCGACUUGCACUGCAGAAGAUGGAGAAAACAGCUGAGAUUGAACAGAACCUGGAGAUUCUGAAAGAACUGGAGAUGCUGAUUGGAUGUUGUCUCUCUAGUUAUCAAUUUCAUGGUCGUAAAACUGGACCGUGUGAUAGAGAGGUCGGAGUAGCGUAUGGGGUGGUAACCGGUGAGAAUCCCCUGCAUAAGCUCGGUUUGUUCUUUAAAGACGAGUUUUUGGAUGAGGAUGAAGCCAUUCUGAAUGAAGAGUUUGGUGAAGAGGGAGAGAUACUGUCAUGAAAGAAUGGUUGGUAGUAUUAUAUGUUCGCAGUCCUGUGUUCUGGAUGGAUGCUUGCUUAGUGAGAGUCGGUUAAAUUUUAACAAAAACGAGAGGGUAUUAAUCAAUUGUAAAUGGAGCGAGUAUUUUUGUAGGGAAGUGGUUAUCUGAGUA